AGGCGAAAUUUAUUUUAGCAGGAAAAAAAAAAAACUACUAUACGGAUUUUUUUGAUCAUCCGUAUUCAAAAACCUAGUUUCUUGUUAAAUUCAAAUUGAAUUAGGUUUUUUCAGAUCGAGAAAUUCGAAGAUGAAACCAUCAGUUUCGUUGGAUAAUUGGAGGGACUAUUUUCAGCGAGGAGAUUCUGAUAUUUUUGGUAUCAUUGAUCAUGCGAUUAUGGUAGCUGCUGCAGAUUGGCCAAAGGAGUUUAAAUCCAGGAGAGAUAGAAUUGCUGAGCUUCUAUUCUCUUGUAGAGUGAGUCGCUGCAUUGGUUGUGACCACCUUGAGCUGUCGAUAGCUGGAGAAGAAGAUGUUAACCAUGGCUGUAGGACGGUGGAGACAGCUGGAGUCGGCGGCGGUGAUAGGGAUGAUUCUGGUGUUGCGACGGAUGAUGCUUCUGUGAUUGUUGAUGAGGUUAUGAGGAUCAGAGAUAUCUUGUUGAACAAAGAAGAUGAGGCAGAUUCUGUAUUACUCGAAUCCCUGAGAAAGCUUGAGUCAAUGUCUAUGAGUGUGGACAUUCUUAAGGAUACUGGAAUCGGAAAGGCUGUUAAUGGUCUGAGGAGACAUAGUUCCGAUAAGAUUAGCAAACUUGCAAAGACUCUUUUCGCAGAGUGGAAGAAGUUGGUGGACCAGUGGAUGAACACCCCGGAGGAAAUGGCUGGCACUGAAGGUACGCCAGAGUCAGCAAACCUUUCAGUAAUUGAUGAAGAAGAAGCCUUUCCUUCCCCUCCACAUGAUUUAGAUAUCUAUGCACCUGAACCCAAUGGAUUUGAACUCUCUCAGAUCUUAGAUUGCCUGGACUGCGAUGGAAAUCCUCGUCACAGUGUGGAGUCAAAACAUGAAAGAAAAAUGCAAAGUAGCGAGAGGAGUAGACCUGAGGGUACAAAUGAGGCCAAUGUGGUUCGGGGGUACAACAAGGAUCAACACAUUAGGAGAGAAGAUAGACCUAUGAAGCACUCAGCCACCGAUUUUGAUGAGCCUAGAAGACAACCAAAGCAAAGUAGAGAACAAAUGGUACCCGCAAUCCAAAGAAAACCGCCUAUUGUUGCUAAGCAAAAGCGGAAACUAGCUGGACCUCAACAAGAUAAACUCAAAGCUCUGGAUCCAGACGCAAAGUUUGAGUUUGCAAAGCGGAAACUCCAAGAGAGCUACCAACAACAUGAGAAUGCCAAGAGACAGAGGACGAUACAAGUACUGGAAACUAUCCCAAAGCAAAAUAAAAUGGAUAAAGCAGAAAUGGUGGAUGAGAUGAUGAUUUUCAAGAAGAUGAGUGUCCUUCCCACUGAAAAGGAUUUUCUUGAUGCCAUCGUUUCGGUUUCUCUCCAGGAGCUUAAGAGAUCAUCCCUCAGGGCCAUGGCUUGCCCUAAGGUUGACCCUAUCCAUAUGGCUUACAGGGAGACGGUUAGGUUCGUAGGGACUACCUUUUCUGCUAUGGUCUCUAAGGUUCUUAAAGAGUUUCGCCCCCUCGAUGAAACUCAUCCCGUGUUCGGUCGCCUCCUCUCUCAGCGAUUUGAUGUUAGUCACUUGACCCUUGCCGUUGCACAACUGGGAUAUGCAAAGAGACUGUUUUACAGUAUCAGCAUGAGGUUUGUGCAGCUACUGAACAAGAAUGAUUGUGAUUCACUGGACAAGUGCAAGCGCCUGAAUGUGGCUGCUCUUGGUUGCUUGCUUACUGUUGCUAUGAGAAUCCUCCCUUGUUUGGCUUAUCUCGAAAAGGUCAGGCAGUACAUGGCUCAGGCGACUGAGAAGGAUCUGGAAGAUGAGAAUGCUGCUACUCUGACGAACAAGAAGCAUGUCGCCCUCUUGCCUAAGGAAGCCUGCACUGGCCUUCACACGCCUCGCUUUGAUAUUCAAAAUGUUGCCGGCUUUGUUCUUCCAGAAGCUGUUGCUCGGGUCGAAGAGUUGGGGCUUGAAUAUGGCUUCAAGCUCCAAGAUAAUCAACUGGACUCUGCAAAACUUUCCCACACUCACAAGGAGCACCUGGUGCAUUAUUCUCGCUUAUAAAUCAAUCUGUUGAAGAAUCAAUGUCUCUCAGUUUUUAUUCUAUAUCUGUCUCUGAUAUUGUCAGACAUUUGUUUCUUUAGGUCCGAUAACAUGAAGAUU